CCCACGAUGAAAGUGCUGCUUUUCUUGCUGCUGGUGUUCCUGGACCUGGGACAGGCCCAAGGGUCUCUCCACAGGGUGCCACUCAGGAGGCGCCAGUCCCUGCGGAAGAAACUCCGAGCACGGGGCCAGCUCUCUGAGUUCUGGAAAGCCCAGAGUCUGGACAUGAUCCAAUACACAGAGUCCUGCACGGCGGACCGGAGCGCCAGUGAGCCCCUCAUCAACUACCUGGAUAUGGAGUACUUCGGCACCAUCUCCAUUGGCUCUCCACCCCAGAACUUCACUGUCAUCUUCGACACAGGCUCCUCCAACCUCUGGGUCACCUCUGUGUACUGCACCAGUCCAGCCUGCAAGUCACACACCCAGUUCAUGCCAUCGCAGUCGGACACAUACAACGCUGUGGGCAGUCACUUCUACAUUCAGUAUGGGACUGGGAGCUUGUCUGGGAUCAUUGGAGCCGACCACGUCACUGUGGAGGGACUGACCGUGGUCAGCCAGCAGUUUGGAGAGAGCGUCACCGAACCAGGAAACACCUUUGCAAAUGCAGAGUUUGAUGGAAUUCUAGGCCUGGGAUAUCCCUCUUUGGCUGUUGGAGGAGUGACCCCAGUUUUUGACAACAUGAUGGCGCAGAACGUGGUAGAUGUGCCCAUGUUUUCUGUGUAUAUGAGCAGUAACCCAGAAGGUGGUGCCGGGAGUGAGCUGAUUUUCGGAGGCUAUGACCAUUCCCACUUCUCUGGGAGCUUAAACUGGGUCCCAGUCACCAAGCAAGGCUAUUGGCAGAUCGCACUGGACUCAAUCCAGGUGGGAGGCACAGUGAUGUUCUGCUCCCAGGGCUGCCAGGCCAUCGUGGACACAGGGACCUCCCUCAUCACAGGCCCCUCAAAGGAGAUCAAACAGCUGCAAAGGGCCAUAGGGGCACAGCAGGUGGAUGGAGAAUAUGCACUGGAGUGUGACAACCUCAACGUCAUGCCAGAUGUCACCAUCACCAUCAAUGGAAUCCCCUACACCCUCCAACCAACUGCCUACACUAUUCUGGACUUCGUAGACGGGAUGAACUUCUGCGGCAGCGGCUUUCAAGGCCUUGACAUCCAGCCUCCAGCCGGGCCCCUCUGGAUCCUGGGAGAUGUCUUUAUCAGACAGUUUUACUCCGUGUUUGACCGUGGGAAUAACCUUGUCGGGUUGGCCCCAGCAGUACCCUAA